AUGUUUGGAAGAAAGUUAACGCUCGGUCUUACCGUUGAGCCGUCCAAUGAUGAAAGAAAUUUACCAGAAAAUACGGAGGAAAUCGAGCCCGAGCCCGAAAAAUUUGAAGAUUGGACCGAAUCAAUCAAGGCUGCUUUAACGGAUAAUCCGACUUAUUGGCCCGAUUCCAAAGAGUAUGAUGAAAUUGUCAAGGAAUGCACAGAUACAGGAUCGUAUCAUGUGAAUAAGGAAAAUGUAUCACAUCGAGCUGAAGCCGCAGAAGCACAUAUUUCAGAAUUGAACCAAACCUGGCAACAUCAAGUUGAAAGCAUUGAAACGGAUAGCACAAUUGCAGAAUUGAAUCGUAUUGAUGAGAAAAUUUGUCAACAUCGAGCUGGCGCCGUCAGAUUUCAACAGAAGCAAGCCGAGAAGAUGCUCGAAUCUUCUAAAAAUAGAUAUGGUUCUGUUGAUAUUGGAAAAACUGUUCGAGUUCCAAUCGAUACGUUUGAACUUGACCAUCCCACUAUUACAUCGUACAUUUCAAGAAGAUUGGAGCUG